UUAAAAAACGCCAUUUUUGAUUUGAAGAAAAUCACGAGCAAGAGCGUUUUUAUUUGUUGACCACUAUUUUCUAAUUACAACGAUUACAAGUCUUAGAUCGGUAUUUUCCAUCUGUUCUUUAUCUUAUCAGCCGCAUUUUAAGAAGAAAGUGAUCUUAUUGUUGCAAGACUUGAGGCGUUAAAGAUGAGUGAAUCAGUUGAUCAAAAUGAACCACCAAAGGAUCCGAAAGAAGUAGAGAAAAUGGAGGAAGCUAAGCUAAAAGCAAAGUUUCCAAAUGCCAUAUUAGGUAAAGGGCCUGGAGGACAUUCUGCUUUUCUGCAAAAGAGAUUAGCUAAAGGGCAAAAAUUCUUUGAUUCCGGUGAUUACCAAAUGGCUAAACAGAGGCCAAGUAAUCUAGCAGGUCCAUUCAAAGCUCCAGCUGUGCCUGCCAAGUUACCAACAGGAGAUGCCAUCCCAACACCUGACACGGUCCCACUGCGAAAGACCUCCAUUAUACAGCCCAAGUACCAGGCUCCGAGCCAGACCUCCUAGCCUCGCCAGACAGAGGCAGCUAGCCAUUAAUUUUAAUUCCAAUAACUUUUCAUUUUGCUAAUUCAUCUCACUAUGCAAUUGCUUUUAAUUUGUAAUUUAAGUUAAAACCCUCUGUGGGUAGACAUCUUAUUUCUUUUCACAGCUUGAUGUCUUCAUUGUGAUUUGAAAAUAAUUAGUAUAUAUGUUAAAACUAUAACUUUUAUAAGAACAACUGUUAUAUUUAUGUAUACAAUUUAGAUAGUAAUGUAGUGUCAAGAAUGUAUGUAUUUUUUUGUUGGUAUUUAGGUUGGCAGUAUCCAAUCUUGUUUCAAGAAAUGCUGGCACUCAUACAAAUGAAGUAACUUUAGAAACAAAUUAAGAACAUUUUAUUGGUCAGUAAUUUACACUACACACCUAAAUAGAAAUGUUGAUUGGAAACAUGAGAUUUGAUUGAUUAUAAAUGUUUGUGUUACAAAUUUUUAUAGGUUAUUUUAAGAAAUAAAUUCAGGAGAGUCAGAUGAAAAACCUAUAAAUCAGUGUUACUUUUUAUGGGAAAGUGUAAAGAUAUGGUGAAGAAGAACUAAUUGGCAUCAUAAAAAAAAUGUGAUUUAUUGGUUUUUGUUCCGACGCUUCUCAAUUGUAAGUGUUGUAAAUUUCAAAAAAUAAUCACACUUUAGUAGUUGUCUAUUUUUGAAACUCUCACUGCAUGUUUAGUGCCAUCCUUAUGAUAUUUGAUGUUUAAAAUUAUGUAUAAGCAUUCAUCUUGUAAUUUUCACAUCUUUCAUCAUGAAUCAGUUUAUAGCUUUCUGUUGUCAUGUUGUGCUUCUGAAUCAAUAAGUUGCAACUGUAAGUUUCACUGUGGCUUUCCGAGUCCAAAAUCUCGGAUUAAAUCAUAUUGUUAUAUCUGUUUUGUCAAAGAUGAAAGACAGGGUUAAUGAUAUAUUUUAUAGAGAUUUUGGUGUCGGGAACCCGUGGUCAAUAAAUCAAUAAUCUUGUUUUUGAACAUCAUAUAUUUUCGCUUUUGUUAUUAACCUUGGACUGUGUAAAUAAAGCCAUUGAACUUAAAGUGAUGUUAAUAUAAGCAAAUGGUGUAGGUUGUGCUCUCUUGUAACAUUUGUGGGUUUUAAGUAAAAUUAAAAAUCAAAGUAAGAAUUAAACAGUUUAUUAUUGUAAUUUAACGCAGACUAAUUAAAAUAAAGAAUUGUUACAAUACAUAACACUUAUAUAACAAUUACAUUGUAAAUCUGUUUUUGCAAUUAAUUUACUUUGUGAUAUGAUUUUUGUUACUGCUUUACUCGUGGCAUAGAAACCGGCAAUGUGUUACGCACGGGAGUGAUAUGCAAAGGGAAUGUUGAGAGUUAGUUGUAUUUAAUUAUAAUAAAUUCUUGAUAAGAAA